UUCUGCGCGUCGUAAUUGGCAAAACGCGCGGCAAGAAACUAACCUUCAAAUUGUUCAAACGGUUCGAGGUAUUCGGAGCCGGUGAUUCUACGACACAAUGACAUCCAGCAACGAACAGCCUGUAAAUUUGCCAUGGGUCGAAAAGUAUCGUCCCAAAAGCCUGGACGAGCUUAUUUCUCACGAGACGAUAAUAAAGACGAUAAACAAGUACAUUGAUGAGAAUCAGCUGCCACAUCUUCUUCUGUAUGGACCACCUGGAACAGGAAAGACCAGCACCAUACUGGCGUGUGCUCGUAAACUCUACACUCCAGCUCAGUUCAAUUCGAUGGUGCUAGAAUUAAAUGCUUCCGAUGACAGAGGCAUAGGUAUUGUGCGAGGUCAGAUCCUGAGUUUUGCCAGUACAGGCACCAUGUACAAAUCUAAGUUCAAAUUAAUUAUUCUGGACGAGGCCGACGCUAUGACAAUCGACGCUCAGAAUGCACUCAGGAGAAUUAUUGAAAAAUAUACGGAUAAUGUGCGUUUUUGUAUCAUAUGCAACUACCUCAGCAAAAUCAUCCCAGCUUUGCAGUCUCGUUGCACCAGGUUUAGGUUUUUACCUCUUGCAGCGGAGCAAAUAAUGCCAAGACUGAAUCAUGUCAUUGAAGCGGAGAAAUUACAAGUUACGGAGAAUGGAAAAGAAGCGUUAAUGACCUUGAGCGGCGGCGACAUGAGGAAAGUAAUAAGCGUGCUUCAAAGUACGUGGUUUGCUUAUGGUGCUGUGAACGAAGAAAAUGUAUAUAAUUGCGUUGGACAUCCAUUACCAAGCGAUAUAAAUAGUAUUGUAAACUGGCUGCUGAACGAUUCCUACGACACAUGCUACAAGAAGAUUCAACAGCUGAAGUUAAAUAAAGGACUUGCGCUGCAAGAUAUAUUAACAGAAAUUCACUCGUGUGUAGUUAAAAUUGAUUUUCCAGAUCCGAUAUUUAUCGAUUUACUAUGCAAAAUGGCAGAGAUAGAGAAAAGAUUAGCUUCCGGAUGUCGCGAUGCUAUUCAAGUAAAUUCUCUCAUAUCUGCAUUCUACAAAGUUCGCGAUAUCGAAACGUGAUAUCUUGUAUCAUGUGAGAUAAUUGAAAGAUAUUCUAUUUUGUCAUCAAAUCAAAAAAUACUGAGUAUUAUUUCUUAAAAUAAAAACUUGUUCGUCGUAUAUUUAUGCAUAUUACAUUAGUAACAUGUAAAUAAUGAAAGUAUUUUUAAUAUUUUAAAAUACAAAUACGAGUAAAUGAAUUUUUAAGCAUCUCCCGCA